CAAAGUAGUGACAAGCGAAGGGGCUGAUAUAUGUCUCAGUAACGAGUCUGACAAUCAGAAUGUAGCUCUUGGAGAAUAGAUAGAUUUUAAUAAGUGUGUUUACAUGAGCUCAAGGUCAGAAGCAAGCUGCGCUGUGUUAAAUGGUUUCUUAGUUGCUAGACAGAGAGAAAAAAUGGACGAUCACACACCAUUCUUUGUAGAUUAUUAUAUCAAGGGUUCAGUCUCUGGCUCAUCAAAGCUAAAUGCCGCAAGACCUAUCUAGUUGCUGUGAAUUAUGCCAGGGCGACAAUGGAGAGCGUUUUUAAUGGUACAAUGCAUUUCACCUACCAGAUAGGGGGAGGCCGAGCCGGGGAUGGGGAUGUCUGCUGGGGCUGGGUGAUGAGUAUCAAUGAACGGGGCGAUUCUGAAAAGAGGCUGAUGAAAACCGAGCCUGCCCUGCCCGGGCUGGGCUGGGAACAGUUCGCCGGGCUCUGCCGAGUGGGCGAGCGAGGCGCGCGAGCUGGGCGCCCGUCCCCCCUCAGCCCCGGAAAAUGAUCAAGUCAAUCAUGUGGACAUGUUUCAUUAUUCAAUGAACACAAUCUUUUACAACGCUCCGUUUACGUGCCCGAGUUUGCUCCCGACGCCCGCGUUUCAAUGUUUAAGAGGACCAGGUGGAAGUCCAGGAUGGUUUUCCCAGGAGGUUUUUUUCCCAAUGGCCCCUAACCCUGUGACAAAAGGACAGCUUCAGUCUCCAUUGGACAGCCGGGAAUACCCUAGCGAUCCCAUCUUCCUCGGUUCCUGACCACCACGGCUUUAAGAAUAUCCUUGACCCAGGAGGGAGCCUCAUUGCUUUAAGACUUGCCGGGGAGCUGGGACGCCCCUCUGGCAAUCUGUCAGCGCCUGGAUCAACUGCACCCUUUCUGGGGUAUUUUGUCACCAGACUGACGGUUCUUAAGACAAGUAUGCAGUUAAGCUGCUAAGGGAUGGAAGAAGCGAGUCUGUGCCUUGGAGUGUCCUCGGCGGCACCUGAAGCUGAGCCUCACCUGAGUGGCCCUGUCCUCAACGGCCAGUAUGCCAUGAGUCAGAAGUUGCACCAGAUCACCUCCCAGCUCAGCCAUGCCUUCCCAGAGCUGCAUCCGCGGCCCAACCCCGAAGAGAAGACCCCUGCACCCUUAGAUGAGAAGUCACAUGUGCCCAUGAGUGGCCAGCCCAUGGGCAGUCAGAUGGCGCUUCUGGCCAACCAGCUGGGUCGCGAUGUUGACACCAGCCUCAACGGUCGGGUGGACCUGCAGCAGUUCCUCAAUGGGCAGAACCUGGGCAUCAUGUCCCAGAUGAGCGACAUCGAGGAUGAUGCCCGCAAAAACCGGAAGUACCCAUGCCCUCUCUGUGGCAAACGCUUCCGUUUCAACAGCAUCCUUUCCCUGCACAUGCGCACCCACACAGGAGAGAAGCCCUUCAAGUGCCCCUAUUGUGACCACCGGGCGGCGCAGAAGGGGAACCUCAAGAUUCACCUGCGGACCCACAAGCUGGGCAACCUGGGGAAGGGGCGCGGGCGGGUGCGCGAGGAGAACCGCCUGCUGCACGAGCUGGAGGAGAGGGCCAUCUUGCGGGACAAGCAGAUGAAGAGCAGCCUGUUGCAGCCCCGGGCGGACCUGAAGCCCCUGCAGCACGCACAGCAGGCCCCGCUGGCGGCCUGCAACCUGGCGCUGCCUGCCAACCACAGCGUGCCCGAUGUGGCCAACCCUGUACCCUCACCCAAGCCCACCAGCGUCCAGGAGGACGCGGUGGCCCCUGCGGCUGGCUUCCGCUGCACCUUCUGCAAGGGCAAAUUCAAGAAGCGGGAGGAACUCGACCGCCACAUCCGCAUCCUGCACAAGCCCUACAAGUGCACGCUGUGCGACUUCGCGGCCUCCCAGGAGGAGGAGCUGAUCAGCCACGUGGAGAAGGCCCACAUCACCGCCGAGUCCGCUCAGGGUCAGGGCCCCAACGCGGGCGGGGAGCAAUCGGCCAACGAGUUCCGGUGCGAGGUGUGCGGCCAGGUGUUCAGCCAGGCUUGGUUCCUCAAGGGCCACAUGCGGAAGCACAAAGACUCCUUCGAGCACUGCUGUCAGAUCUGUGGCCGGCGCUUCAAAGAGCCGUGGUUCCUCAAGAACCACAUGAAGGUCCACCUCAACAAGCUGUCGGUGAAAAACAAGUCCCCCAGUGAGCCCGAGGUGCCUGUGAGCAUGGGCAGCAUGUCCCAGGAGGCCCAUGCCAACCUGUACUCCCGGUACCUCUCCUGCCUGCAGAGUGGCUUCAUGGCCCCGGACAAAGCCAGCCUGAGCGAACCCAGCCAGCUCUAUGGCAAAGGGGAGCUGCCCAUGAAGGAGAAGGAGGUGCUAGGGAAGCUGCUGUCACCCAUCUCCAGCAUGGCCCACGGUGUCCCCGAGGGGGACAAGCACUCCCUCCUGGGAUGCCUCAACCUCGUGCCACCACUCAAAUCCAGCUGCAUCGAGCGGUUGCAGGCGGCUGCCAAAGCUGCAGAGAUGGACCCGGUGAACAGCUACCAGGCUUGGCAGCUCAUGGCCAGGGGCAUGGCCAUGGAACAUGGCUUCUUAUCUAAAGAGCAUCAGCUACAGCGCAACCACGAAGACACUUUGGCAAACGCUGGAGUUAUGUUUGAUAAGGAGAAGCGGGAGUACGUGUUAGUGGGAGCAGAUGGCUCUAAGCAGAAAAUGCCUGCUGAUUUGGUUCACAGCACUAAAGUGGGCAAUCAGAGAGACCUGCCAAAUAAGCUCGACCCUUUAGAAGGCAGUCGGGAGUUUUUGUCACAUGGGCUGAACCAGACGCUCGAAUAUAACCUGCAGGGUCCCGGAAACAUGAAGGAGAAGCCCACCGAGUGCCCUGACUGCGGCCGGGUGUUCCGCACCUACCACCAGGUGGUCGUGCACUCCCGUGUCCACAAGCGGGACCGCAAGGGUGACGAGGACGGGCUACACGCGGGUCUGGACGAGCGGCGUGGCUCAGGCAGUGACCAGGAGUCCCAGUCCGUGAGCCGCUCCACCACACCUGGCUCCUCCAACGUCACUGAGGAGAGCGGGGUCGGAGGCGGCCUCUCCCAGACUGGAAGUGCCCAGGAGGACAGUCCACACCCCUCCUCGCCGUCCUCCUCAGACAUUGGCGAGGAGGCUGGGAGAUCCGCCGGCGUCCAGCAACCGGCGCUGCUUCGCGACAGGAGCCUGGGCUCGGCCAUGAAGGACUGUCCGUACUGUGGGAAAACUUUCCGGACAUCCCACCACCUUAAGGUCCACCUGAGGAUACACACAGCGUGUGUCCACACCAUAACCAGCAGGAGAGAAGGAAGUGACUUAUACUCACAAGUUGUGUUGACGCAGCCUCCAGGUGACUUAAAAGGUGAGAAACCCUACAAGUGUCCUCACUGUGACUACGCCGGCACCCAGUCAGCAUCCUUAAAAUACCACCUAGAACGGCACCAUCGUGAGCGACAGAAUGGAGCGGGGCCGCUGUCUGGACAGCCCCCGAACCAAGACCACAAGGACGAGAUGUCCAGCAAAGCAUCUUUGUUUAUCAGGCCAGACAUCCUGAGGGGGGCAUUUAAGGGUCUCCCCGGAAUCGACUUCAGAGGUGGCCCUGCCUCUCAGCAGUGGACAUCAGGAGUGAUCUCCUCCGGAGAUCAUUCGGGGCAGGCCACCGGCAUGUCAUCAGAGGCUCCUGCAGACGCCCUGAAAGGCACCGACCUUCCUUCCAAGAGCACCCACUUCUCCGAGAUCGGAAGAGCUUAUCAGAGCAUCGUGAGCAACGGCGUGAAUUUCCAGGGGUCCUUGCAAGCGUUCAUGGACAGCUUCGUCCUCAGCUCCUUGAAGAAGAGGGACAUGAAGGACAAAGCCCUGUCAGAUCCCUCUUCCAUGAAAGCCCACGGAGCUGAGGGUGGCGAGGAGAAACCCAGCGGCAGGUCCUCUCAGAGGAAGGCUGAGAAAUCUCAGCACGAGCCUCUGGACUUGUCCGUGCGGCCGGAUGCCUCCCUCCCGGGCUCGUCGGUGACGGUGCAGGACAGCAUCGCCUGGCACGGUUGCUUGUUUUGCGCUUUCACCACGUCAUCCAUGGAGCUGAUGGCCCUCCAUCUGCAGGCCAACCACCUGGGAAAAGCGAAACGCAAAGAGAAUGCCGCGGGGGUGGCCAUCAACUGCAAAGAGCAGGCCCGGGAGGUGGGCAAGAUGGCUCUGCUGCCCACAGCACAAUCCAACAAGGAGAUGGGCCUUUCGGGGAUGAUUGGCUCUCUAGACUCUGCUUCUGAGAAGAUGGCCCAAGGACAGGCCAAAGAGACCCUGGGGGACCAGAAGAGUGGCCCGUGGCCCAGCCACGUGGACCCUGCCUUUUGUAACUUCCCAUCAGACUUCUACAAGCAGUUUGGCGUGUACCCGGGCGUGGUGGGCUCCGGGGCCUCCGGUUCCUGCUCCAACAAGGAUCCCGAUGGGAAAGCCCACCCCGAAGAGGACGCCCCAAUCCUGAUCCCCGAAACCACAAGUAAGAAUGCUACCGAUGACCUCUCCGAUAUCGCCUCCUCCGAGGACAUGGACUCCUUCAAGGGAGAAAACAACGACGAAGAGGAUAUCGAAACCGAGCCCGAAAUGAUGAGCAAGCCCCUGUCUGCCCUCAGCAAGGACAGCAACAGCGACGGCGGGGACAGCCUGCUGCCCACAGGCACCCCCCAGCCCGUCCAGGGACUAGUCUCACCUUUAGCCCAAGCGUCUGAGAAGCAGUGGCACAGCCCAGGCCUUCUUCCUGCCCAGGACCCCUCAGUGGGUCUGCCAAAGCCGGAGCGGGGGCCUCCGGGCCUUGAAAAGCCAAUGAACAUGCUGUCGGUCCUCAGGGCCUACAGCUCCGAUGGCUUAGCAGCCUUUAACGGACUUGCAAGUAGCACAGCAAAUUCUGGAUGUAUCAAGAGGCCAGACUUGUGUGGUCACAGGCCUUUCCAGUGCCGCUACUGUCCCUACAGUGCCUCUCAGAAGGGGAACUUGAAGACCCACGUCCUCUGCGUCCAUCGCAUGCCUUUUGACAACAGCCAGUAUCCCGAUCGCAGGUUCAAGCGCUCCAGAGUCGACUCGGAGGCUUCAGGGAAUUUUGAGGAGCCCGCAGGUCUCAAGGCGGGGAGCUCAGCAGAGCUAACAGAGGAGGUCAGCAAGGGCCAAGAGGAGACCCACUGAGCAGACCUGCUGCACACUGCAAUAUCAUUUUACCCAGUUUUAAGAGGAUGCAUCUCAUAAAAGAGUUUGCUAACUGAAUUCCAAGUGGGGGGAAAAAAAUCAUGUACAACCCCCCCGCCCCACUAGUGUAUAGAACAUUUAAAAAAAAUUUUAAAAGAUAUCUAUAUAUAUAUUAAAAAAAAAAAUCCCCCAGCCCUUGAACAUGGCUGCUAAACUGUUACCCGGCAACAAGUACUUCCAAACAAUGCAGGUAGGAGAAAAGUGAUUUCAAAAAAUAAAUAAAUAAAUAAGCUUGGUGUCCUUCGAGAAAGCUGGGGUCCCUUCCAACUGGAAAGUCGUCUUUGUCCAAAAAUAAUGCUCUUAACCGAAAAGCGAUACCAUCUAAAUGAUUUAACGUUGCCUUGAAGACGGAGGGGGCUGUGUUUUCGUUGUUGAAAACACCUCUAUAAUCUGACACCAGCUGCUGCCAUUUGCCUAGCACCCUAAUGAGAUGUGUUGGGAGGCAGCUGCGGUGCCAGUCAGGCUGGAGCGGUCACUGCAGAGAAAAAUCAAUUCACGUGGUGUCGUUCUGCACUCUGGGAGAAACCUUAGACGGCCCGCAGCCAGCGCCAGGGCUGACCGGCACUGCAGAGGAUUGCCAUCUUAAAUGUGCAUUUUUUUUUAAAAAAAAAAUACACAGCCAAAUGAAUCAAUGGUCAGGAAGUGUCUGCAGACAAUUGUCCAUUGCAGGCUUGAUGAGUAAUUCCUUUUUUUAGAUCAAAUUGCAGUAUUGAGAGACAUUUUUUUUUCUUGUUGAUUUCUUCUUUUUUUUUUAUUUUGGAUGAAGGUUGAUAUUUAAAAAAAUAUAUUUUUAAGGGUAUAUUAUACCAAAUGCUGUUAGGAAAAUCAGCCAACCCUAUCCAUAAAAAGUGUCGGUGAGAAAUGGCAAUUAUGUCAUAACGGAAAGAUUGUCUUUGAUUAUGAUUUUUAAAAUUUUACUUGAACUUCGAAGGCUGUUCUGGUCCCCCGUUAUCAGAUUUUUUCCCCCCGUAUGUUAGUUUUUAUAAGUGUCGCAGACAUGAAGCACGAUUUUCUUCUCCAGCAAGCACUUAUGAAAUAGCUUGUAUUAAAAUAUGAAUCUAAACAUCCUGCUCUCUAUCUCUGAUGAAGAAAACUGUUUGAGUUAAAAUGUCUGUUUUUGUAAAACAAAUGUGUUCUAUAUUUUUGUAGAUUUUAGAUUUUUCUACUGAUUGGAUACUCCAAAAUUUUAUCAAGUUCUGCACCACACAGAGGGAGAUUUUGAGGGUCAACAAUAAAACACUCAUUUUUUUUUUUUUUAGACAGAUUUAAGAAAACUAGUCCAAGGUUUAUUCUUGAAUCCGCACGAACGGUCUAAAAGUUCUGCCUUUACCAUAUACUUCUUUGAGUGACAUGAAAUUGGUGCUGUUGCUUGUGAUGGUAGAGAAGUAUUGAAGUCUUAACUUCUUCUAAAACAGAAUCCUUCAGACUUAAAAAAAAAAAAAUAGUCAAUAUUUCCUUGCAGGCUGGGAGCACACAAUAAAACCCCAGGGCCUUAAAAACUUUAGCUCUGCCUACAGCAGUUUACAAAAAUACUAAACUGCAAUCAAUGUAAAUAUAAUUCUUAGAGCUAUCCUGAGACCAGAAAGAAUCUCAGGCUAAUAAGGAAUCCGGUUUGCAUAUGCUGUCAAAAGGGUGUCAUCUAAUGGAGGUUUCAGUGUAAAUGAGGUCGAUGUGCAACUUGGACCCAUCUGGCAUAGAGCAGGCUGCUUUCUUGUUUUUCUAGUCUAGUUUUCACUGCCUUACUUAAAUCGAGUUGAUAAACUUAAUGCAACUGUUUCUAUGAUCCUAGAGAAAGGACUGAAAAUGUUAUUGAAAACUUUCUGACUGUAGUUAAGCUUUAGGAUUUUAACUGCACUACUGUGUUUGGUGACUGUGCCAGUCGCUUGCUUUCUGUGUGUUUGCCCCGCCUUUGGUAUCUUAGCAAAGAAAAAUUUAAAAAAAAAAAAAAAAAAAAAAAAAAAAAAAAAAAAAAAAAAAAAAAAACAAAAAAAAAUGAAAAAAAAAAAAAGAGGAAAAACAAGUGGAAAAAAAAAAUGAGAGCCACAUUCCAUUUCUAGCACUUUCGGAGCUCUUUUUCAGUAUUCUCUCUCGUGUCUUCUGGGCAUCGUCAGAUGCGACAGGCAAUAAUUCUGUUUGUGACACCGGGAACAUCCCCUCUUCUUUGUGGCGUGUGUGUUGAUUCCAUUUUGUCCAGUGCUACCGUCCUUAUUCCCCCCUCCUCUGACACAGGCCUCUUUUCCAGAACAUUUGUAACUUGUAAUACAAACAAGUGACAGCCGCCGUGAUACAGUGUCAGUUUCUGAAUGUCAUCAGGUUCUCAUAUCUAAACAUGUCAAGUUUUUUCCCUGUAACUUCUGUAGUCUGUGAUGCUGGUCAUAAUACUGUCUACAUUCCUACGCAAAGAACAACAACAACAACAAAAAAUCUAUCUUGGAGGAAAUCUGAGAUCAAUAGAGUAGAGGAUUUUGUUGCUAUGCUUGUAACAAGUAGAAGACUUUGUAUUUAAAGUUUAUUCUUGGUCAUUAUUUAUUAUUAUAAUACAUCAGUUGACAGAACUUUAUUCUGGUAUAGAAAGUAUUAAAAGUUGUUUUUUCAGCAAUGACUGUUUUCUUUCUGCUGUUAGAAUAAAAUGUCUUUGAAGCA